UAGCGGGAUUCGUAAAUUCGUUCCCGUUAACGGCGGAUUCCGCUCCGCGUAUUUUGACGCGGCAUUGCGUCACGUUGAUGGAUUUGAAGUGAUGCCACCGACAGGCGCAUCUGCCCGUGUAACAAAUCUGCGCCCUCGCGUGUUAUUAUUUCAUCUUAAUUCGGCAUUAAAUACCGAGAUGCAUCACCGGAGAGGAAAAAUAUUACCGGCGUGAGAUAUUAAACACCGAGGGAGUAAAGUGGCUUACAUCAGCUGGUGUGUUUGUAUACUAAACGGUUUUGGCGCGUGGGCUCGAUGUUCUCGCGCUCGGCACAGUAAAAUAAAUCCCGUUCGCGCGUCUCGGGAUGGUCGGUGAAGCUCAUGCACGCGCUCUUCCGUUCGAUAUCCGCACCAUCCCGGGGUGUGACGGAUAGACACGGGUCCGCGGCCGCUGCGCCCAUGGCGGGUCCCGCAUUCACGGGCGCGCACGGGACCUGGAUCACAUCUCGGUUGCGGGAAGACGGCUCACCUUCAUCGUCGUUGUCAUCAUCAUCAUCCGCGGAGAAACCGCACAAACGGAGAGCGUUUCAUUUGGUGAAGCUGCGGCAACCGGACGCCUCCCGUAACAACAACACGCCGUUUGUGAUCUCGGGUCACAUCAAGCACAUCUGCAGUAACUGCAGCCGCGGGAAUGACAUCCGGGACGCAGAGGGGGCGGAGCGUCUGGCAGCGAUGCGGUCUGAUUCGCUGGUGCCUGGGACACACACGCCUCCGAUCCGCCGGCGGAGUAAACUGGCCAGUCUGGGACGACUCUUUAAACCGUGGAAAUGGAGAAAGAAAAAGAGCGAAAAUUUCAAACAGACAUCUGCUGUGCUGGAGAGAAAGAUGUCGACCCGUCAGAGCAGAGAAGAGCUGAUCAAGAGAGGAGUGUUGAAAGAAGUGUUUGAGAAAGAGGAGGUGAGUGUAGAUUCGUCUCAUGUGUAUAAUGUGGACAGACAGACCAUCAUCAGUCCUGUGUCAGAAUCUACAGACAGUAACCUCACAGUUUCAUUUUCAGAAGCGCAGUCGUCUGGAGACACGAAUCUCACCUCAAAGCCAUCUCAAGCCCCGCCCUCUGUGAAACCUGUGCUGUUGCCGAACGACAGCGCUGACAUCACACACGUGAGACCGGCGACACAAAAACAGCCACCUGCCUUACCGCCAAAGCCAUACAGCAGAAUACACAACCACCUGACAGAAACGCUCGCUAAACUGUCGCCACCUCUUCCUCCAAAGAAAGUGUUGAUUUGUGAGCCGGCACAUUCAUUUCCGUUCAAAUGUCUGUCGUCACUGGGCACACACACACACACUCUGACACACCCGCAGCAGUACGCAACCAUCCCUCUGUCACUGCACCCGCCCAGUCGCAUCAUAGAAGAACUCAAUAAAACCCUCGCGCUCACCAUGCAAAGACUAGAGAGUUCUGUUCUGCAGGCGGUUCCAUCUGUUCUGGUGGAGAUGGAGGAGGAGAAAGAGAACAGAGACUCUAUGCACCAAUCAGCACCAUUCACACACACACUGGUCACACACACCUUCAACACACACACGUGUGAGGAAGAGGACGAAGACGAGGAAGAUGAUGACGACUCUUUGUUUACAAGUACACUGGCUUUGAGGAUCAUGCGUAAGGAUUCACUGGCGAUCAAACUGAGUAAUCGUCCUUCAAAGAGUGAACUUGAGGAAAAAAACAUUCUGCCCAUGUUGACGGAUCAGGAGAGACUCGAAUCCAGACAACAGAUCGGCACCAAACUCACCCGUCGACUCAGUCAGAGACCUUCAGCGGAAGAACUGGAACAGAGGAACAUUCUCAAGCCUCGAAACGAACAAGAAGAACUGGAGGAGAAACGCGAGCUUAAGAAAAGACUCUCGAGGAAGUUGAGUCAGAGGCCGACCGUAGAGGAGCUCCGAGAGGCCAAAAUUCUCAUCCGCUUCAGCGAUUAUGUGGAAGUGGCGGAAGCUCAGGAUUACGACCGGCGGGCCGAUAAACCCUGGACGCGUCUCACUGCCGCUGAUAAGGCUGCCAUACGCAAAGAACUCAACGAGUUCAAGAGCACAGAGAUGGAAGUGCACGAGUCCAGUCGACAUCUAACCAGGUUUCAUCGACCGUAGCUGAGGAUUUGAGUUCAUGAACGCUCAUGUGGAGCUGUUUGAUAUGCUGAGACUCUGAACAUGAAUCAGGCAUCACAAGAGAUCGAAGUGGCGCUCGGGUUGAAUUCGGAGCAUCCGAUCACGAGUCCCCCAUCACCCGGGACCGUCGACCGGUGUCGUUUCGCAGAUCCUCACUGUUGAGAUUCAAGAGGCGGUGGAGUGGAAGGACAGAGCUGCUUGUGUAUAUUCUGACAAAACCCUUUGAAACCCGAUGUGUGUCAGUCGUGUGUGCCCUUAUUUUAUUUUUCAGGUCCGUUGGGGCUUCGAGCAGCAGAUAUUGUAAUUGAUUUUCUAUUUAUAAUCCAGCAGAAAUGAGUCUGUCCUAAACACAGAAACUAAAGAAAAAAACAGACUUUAUAAAGUUCAUGCAGCAUUAAUAAAUUACUUUUCGGUCCAAAUUAAAUCCAGACCAUUGUUGAGUGACAGCAGAGCAAUAAUGUGUUUUCAGAUCUCAAGGUGUCGUCGUCUCUCUCUCUCUCUCUCUCUCUCUGUUGUCUCAGUGUGUUCUCAAGUGGAGGUUCCCUGCGCUCUGACUGUAGUGUGCAGUAGGGUGUAGGGUGUAAGGUUUCCAGGUGCACGAUUGCCAAAACCAAACCAAAACUUGUUUAGUUUCAUGAGAAUAAUCCGUGUUAUGUUUUUCUACUUUAUUUUAUUGUCAGUAAUCACAGAAAUCUCCACAGUUUUUAUGUUGAUAUUUACAUUUUUAACAGAUUUUGAUACUGGAAGUACAAGCAACGCUUAAAAGUAAUAAUUCCUCGGAACGUGAAAGUUCUGUCAGCGUUCUCUCACAUUCACCCAUCAGCUGUUCUCUGACAGAACCUUUACAAUCAAAUGUGUUGUUGUGUUCCACAUGUGACAGAAUUUGGAUUUUGGGGUGAACUAUUUCCCUUAAAUAACAUCAGACGUGCACGUGUUUCGACUGAUGGAUGUGUUCGUUUGUUUUGUUUGACGUUGGGCUCUUGUGCUGCUAUCAGCUCACAUUAUGGGGGAAGAGAGCAGAACGUGCAUGUUACGUAAUGUACCGUCACUCCUAAAUGAUGUAUGCAGAUUCUUAUGUAAAGGAACUUAUAAAUAAAAGAAACACACACACAUAAACACA